AAACACAACAAACAUUCAACAUUUUGAGAACCCUUUCUUUUUUUUUUAUAGCGUUUUAAGAGCCCUUGGUGUAAGACAAAAUGGCGAUUAUCAAGGAUGAAGAUAAUGAAAAGACCACCUUAUACACAAAGAAAGAGAUAGAAGAGUCACCACAAGAGGUGAUUGAAUUCGAUUCACAAUGGCAACAGCUACCAAGUGAUCGCCAGAGGAGUCCACCUUCCCCACCUCCUAAUUGUUGUCAACAUGCUUGUCAAUCCAGCUCUAGCUCUGUGCCACAAGGUGACUAUCAAUGGCAACAUGGUCAAAAGAGUUCACAGCCACUACUCGAACCACAAUGGCUUUACGGUCAGAGAAGCUUUGAACUAAUGCCUAACCAAUGGUAUCAUCACUACCACCCUGUUGGUAGUUCAAAUGGGUCCUCUUCAUAUGGGAUUGCACAAAGGGAGCACAUGAGAUUCACUGGGCUAGGAAACAUGGUUGCUACUCCAAGGCCAAAUAAUGCAACCACAACAAACAUGCCUGUGAAUCCUGGUCCUUUACCAUCAAGCUCUACAACUUCUGAUAUGCCCAGCAGUUCAAGAUCAAAACGAAUGAUGCGAGAGAUGCCAGCGCCUAGUCCAUCCAAAUCAAAACAAAGGACAUCAGAAAUGUUGGGUAGUUCCAACACAAUACCAUCGAGGUCUGAUAUCCCUGGCAUUUCUCUAGCCUCAAGACGAACAAUAAAGGAUACUGCUGGAAAAGAAGAAUCAGUGGAUGAUAUACUAGCUAGAGCAUUAAAACCUACCAUCAAUGUGAUAUUUCUCACCGGACCCCUUUGAGUUUGAAUAGUCAUGAUGCACUCAAUAUUGUUUUUGCAAUUUUGUAUAACAUUUCGACAUCUUUUUACGAAUUAUAGAAAGCAAUUGCUACCUUGAUGGGCAGACUUACGUAGUGCACAAAAUGUGCAAACGGAUGAAAAUGAGCAGAAAAUGCAGAGAGAAGAUGUUGAUGAAACGGCGCCACAAGAACAAAAUGGUGAGGAAGAAGAGAAUAAUAUAAAGAAGAAGCAGUU